AGACAGACACAUCAGACUGAAGACAGAAACACACCAGCUCUGAGAAAUGGCUCAGUCUCUAUAUUUCCCUCUUCUCCUCAUUGCUCUCUGCUCCAUAUCUGAAUGUGUUCAGCGUCAGUAUCACUUUAUAAAUGAGACAAAGAACUGGACUGAAGCUCAGAGAUACUGCAGAGAGAAUUACACAGAUCUGGCCACUGUUGACAACAUGAACGACAUGAUCGAGCUGAUGAAGAGUGUGAAAGUGAAUGAUAGACGUGUCUGGAUUGGUCUUCAGAGGACAAGUGAUUAUAAUUGGCAUUGGUCUUCAGGUGAUCCUACACUGUUUAAGAACUGGGCAUCUGGACAACCAGUCGGCGGUGAUAAAUGUGCUUAUAUAAUAGGUGGACAGUGGUAUGUUUUGCCAUGUAGUGCCACCUACACAUCAUUCAUCUGCUACAACAUGAGCAGAGGACUGGUGUAUGUCAAACAGUCAAUGAACUGGGUAGACGCUCAGAGUUACUGCAGACAGAAUCACAUUGAUCUGGUCAGUGUGAGGAACCAGAAUGAGAAUGAACAGAUGAAAACGUUCAUUAAUGACAGAAACUUAUCUGGAUCUGGAAUCUGGAUCGGUCUGUUCAGAGACACAUGGCAGUGGACAGAUCAGAGCAGCUCCUCAUUCAGAUACUGGAAUACAGGUGAACCAAAUAAUAGUGGAGGUCAUGAAAACUGUACAGUGCUAAUGGAGAACACUCAAGGAUAUUGGGCAGAUGUUCCUUGUGACUGGCAGUAUCCUUUUGUGUGUCAUGAAGAUAAACUGAUUGUGGUCCAGCAGAAUCUGUCGUGGUCUGAAGCUCUGAGAUACUGCAGACAGCAUCAUGUGGAUCUGGUCUCGGUUCAGUCAGUGGAGAUGCAGUAUGAGGUGAUGAACGUGGUUAAACUGGCGUCUACUGAGGCGGUGUGGUUGGGUUUACGAUUCUCCCACAUUUUGGACAUCUGGUACUGGGUGAGUGGAGAGACCGUGUGCUAUCAGAACUGGGCUCCAGGGAACGGCACAUCAGAGAAGAUUUGUGAGCCCACAGUGAGUUCUGGAGCAGUUCAGUCUGGACAAGGUCAGUCCUGGAUCAGCCGUCCUGAAACUGACCGGCUCAACUUCAUCUGCACUAAGUACUAGGAUUGAAAGACCUG